CCAAGUUUGGAGUGUCCGUCAUAGACGUCCACUGGUUCUUGGCAGGAUGGCCUCUCAUCACCUGCUGCUCCUCUGCCUCGCUGGACUGGUAUUUGUGUCUGAGGCCGGCCCCGCGGGCACUGGUGAAUCCAAAUGUCCUCUGAUGGUCAAGGUCCUAGAUGCCGUCCGAGGCAGCCCUGCUGUCAACGUGGCCGUGAAAGUGUUCAGAAAGACUGCUGACGAGACCUGGGAGCUGUUCGCCUCUGGGAAAACCAGUGAAUUUGGAGAACUCCACGGGCUCACGACCAGUGAAAAGUUUGUAGAAGGGAUAUACAAAGUGGAAUUAGACACCAAAUCCUACUGGAAGGCACUUGGCAUUUCCCCGUUCCACGAAUCUGCAGAGGUGGUGUUCACAGCGAAUGACUCCGGCCCGCGCCACUACACCAUUGCUGCUCUGCUCAGCCCCUACUCUUACUCCACCACGGCCCUCGUCAGCAACCCCAGAGAAUGAGGGACCCCUCCUCCAGUCGGCUGGAAAGAGGAGAGACAGGAUUUCAUGUGACCAAUAGUAUUCCAUUUGUAUUAAAGCAGUGUUUUCACUUUAUAAGCUAUGUUAGAAACUCAGGCAGGGACAAUAAAGCAUUCCUAUUAAAGCA